ACCUUGUCAGUGGCUUUAGUUCUCCCAUUAGAGCAUGAGGAGGCUGGAGCUGUGUCAAGGGCGGCUUCAAUUAUACGUAUGAACGCGAUGCCGGAGGCUGAACAAAUGUCAUUGAGAAGGUUCCUCCUGUGCUACUUUCUGAAAGUGACAGGAAAUGAUGCAUUGCUUCCUGACAAAUCUUAAAUCAUAGUUACUUAACUACAGAAUAAAUUCGUUUUUAAUUUAAAGUUAUCCUCUGAUUGAGCCUCGAAAACUGUACAAGCCACGUAAAAAGGUUUGAGACAUCCUUGUGGAAUUCAUCAUCAUCAUAUAGAGAAACAUACAACGAAGUGAGAGUUACAAAAAUGGCAUCCACUGCUGUUACUACGUUCAUAGUUUUCAUAGCAGUCUUAUUCUUGCUCGUGAACAGCAGUGCUGCUCAUUACAUCCCAUGUAGUGAAUCUCUCAUUACGAUAGCCCAGGAAAAAAACAUUUCACACUGCAAGAAAUUGACCACUCUAGGAGCUGAGUUUGGAUGGGAAGUCAGUAAACACAACGAGAGCCAAGUUGACAUUCUCAUUGGCACAAAGCUAAAUAAUGCAGAAAUGGUGUGGCUAGCCUGGGGUGUGAACCCAGAGGACAAGCCACAGAUGGUUGGAACAAGAGCAAUAAUAGGCAUCAGGCAACUGAAUGGCUCACUCGGUGCCAACACCUAUAAUAUCACAGGUGAUACCAAGCUAGGUUGCAAGCUACAGCCUUCAGAAAUUGAUGUCCAUGUUACGAGUAUGAAAUUAGAUUAUGUGACAUCAUUAGACUACCUCACGCUAUAUGCAACAAUUGUACUUCCUUCAAUGUACAAUAUUUCAAGACUGAAUCAUGUGUGGCAAGUUGGAUAUGAUGCCCAAGGAGCAGAACCCUCGAUGCAUCCCACAGCUCUCCAGAAUGUUGACAGUACAGAAACAAUAGACUUGAAGAAUGGAUUGGCUCAUCAUGUGGGAGAGUUCGAGGGUCGUCUCAGAAAGAUUCAUGGCGUCUUGAACAUUAUAGGGUGGGGAACCUUCUUGCCUGCUGGUGUGAUAAUCGCAAGAUAUUUCCCAUAUCCAUUAGCACUCGGAAGUUAUAGGUAUCAUCUUCAUGUUGGCUGCCAAAUUAUAGGGUACAAUCUUGGUGUAGCUGGGUGGAGCGUUGGCCUAUGGCUAGGACAAGCUUCUAAACACUACUCCUUUAAAAUCCACAGGCUUUUUGCCAUAUUUAUAUUCACCUUCACAACAUUACAAAUGUUGGCAUUGCACUUGAAACCGCGUAAAAGGGACGAGUAUAGGAAGUACUGGAACAUGUACCAUCAUUUUCUGGGCUAUGCUCUGCUUGCCGUGAUCUCAGUAAACAUUUUUCAUGGCAUUGACAUCUUGAAGCCCGACCACUCCUGGAAAUGGGCUUACGUUGGAAUCCUUGGGGUGUUUGCUGUCAUUGUUAUAGCUCUUGAGAUCUUCACUUGGGCCAAGUUUCUUACCGAGAAUAAAGAACAUAAAACCGGUAAGCCGGAAUCUGGAUCUGGAGGGACUGCUGCUGCUCAAACUCAAACCACCACCCCUUGAAAGUCUAGCCUAUCUACGAGAUUAGAGUCAUCAGGUUCUUAACCAUUUGCAUAUUCUACUUAGACUCCGUUUUCCUUUGUCCAUUUUGACUUUCGGAUACACCCCUUUGUUGCUUGAUCCUUCUGUAUUGUGUAGUCAUAAGAAAUUGUUGUGAUUUUGGAACAACUGCCAUGACAUUUUAGUUUCUUGAAUAAGCUGCCAUUGAUUUGC